AUGCUGGGUGAUACAUAUUUGACGGUACAUAGAUGGUUUAAAUGUUUUAACCCAUGGAAGACGGUGGUGACAUCGACGAUGGUGUGGGUACAACUACCAGAGCUCCCGAUUGAGUUCAUUAACAAGGAGGUGGUGAUGCGCAUAAUAGAAGCUAUUGGGAAGCCGGUUCGAGUUGAUAGGGCGACGAAGUUGGGAGCUAGGGGGAAGUUUGCUCGGGUUUGUGUUGAGGCAGAUCUAACCCAGCCAUUACUUGGUAAGUACAAAGUGGAGGGGGUGACUUAUAUCAUACAAUAUGAGGGACUUGAAUCUAUUUGUACCAAUUGUGGCAGCUAUGGCAAAUCGACCGAGGCAUGCCAAUGUACGAAACAACAGGACAUGGUGGAAGAGGAAGGGAUAGCGGUGGGAGAAGAAAAACCACUGGACCCCACGCAAGGACAAUCAUAUGGGGAGUGGAUGGUUGUAAAACGGAGGGAGCUCUGGCAGACAAAACGUACUGGUGGCGGGAACAGUAGGGAGUCAAAAGGAUCAGGAAAUCGCUUCCAUGUUUUGGAUGGGAGGAAUGCGGGGGAGAGCUUGGAUGAGCAAGAUGAUAGGGAUGAAGAGAAAACCUAUCAGACUGGGGAAGGACAACAAUCAGCCCAUGUCGACCAUGCAGACCAUGCACGUGAGCUGAAAACCUCGGAAAAAACCACUACCCAAAUAGAUCACCCGCAAGCUAGUAAGAAGAAGGGUUCGGAUUUGGGGAGAAACCAGAAGACGGGAUGGAGCCAGGAGGAGGUCCGGAAAAAUACUAAUAAUGUGGGACAAAAAUGCACCCAGCAGCUCAGAAGCAAGUGA